AUGGAUGAUCACCGCGCCCUACCACCAACAGGCCAAGUUGCUUGUACACAUCAUUUUCAUAGAACGACUCAAAUUAUCAACAUUAGACUUCCAAAAUGGAUGUUUGAUGUGCUCACAAAACAUCUUAAGGUGAAAGUGAGAGGACUCUAUUCUGAGGUUCAGGUUCCAGUGAACAACAUCGACCUGCGAAAGUCGUCCAUUCCCGUAGCUCGUCCACUACCCGAUCAGGGUGUCAUGAAGGAGCCUGGAUUGACAAAACUAUCCAAAACACGGAGCGACUCCCGCAGCUGGUUAAACGGAUGGCGAAAGACGCGCGGCAUCACGGAACACACGGAACAGAAAAGUACUGUGGACAACCCGGACCAGGGGGAGGAGUAUCUGUCCAAACGAAGACAAACCGUGAUCGAGGGCACGCAUUUGGAUCAAGUGGGACAAGAAAAUUGGCAAAGCAAACCACGCCGUCGUUCCAGUCUACUCCCGGCGCGAAUGCAAAAGUUGUUUGGUCCGAAAGAAUCAGAACUAUCACGACCAGCGUUGUUUGAUUUGCGUAAUCGCAGAUCGGUUCAAUCAGGCAGUCAGAACGAUUCACAGCCGCUCAAUGUUGACGGUACUGUUGAUGAUGUGUUAUUGUAUGUCAAAACCCUUCCCAGAGUACCACUAUCUUUGUAG